AUGAGUAAUACCCCACCAGAAACUACGGCUGAAACAUUUUCAAAUUUAGAAUCAACUAGUGAACUAGCUCCUAGAACAUCUGAAGUCAAUGCCAAGGAGUAUAAUCAGCCUGUGGAUUCAUCGGAGAAUAGCUCCCAAUCCAUUACAGAUGAAGUUACAAGUUUUACUCCACAACAUAUGAAAGACUAUGAAAAUGGUAAUGACUUUGAACAUGAUGAUGAAUUAAGUAGAAUAGAAUCCAAUGUUGAAUUAUCUAGAAGAGCCACUAGAAGUCUUUUAAAUACUGAAGAAUUAUUACGUACUGCAACCCAAUCAAGUAAACCAUUACCACCUAUGGGAGGAGGUAAACCAUAUCCGCCAGCAUUACCAUCCAGAGAUCCAUAUAUGAUUGCAUUUGAUGGACCUGAUGAUCCUGGCCAUCCUCAUAAUUAUCCACUUUAUAAAAAAAUGAUUUAUUGUGCUUCUGUUGGUAUGUCUGCAUUUUCUGUUUCAGUCGGAUCUGCCAUGUUUGCUGCUUCUGCUACUGAAUUGAUGGAGAUUUUUCAUAUUGGAUGGACUGUUGCAACUUUAACUACUUCCUUGUAUGUUUUUGGUUUUGCUGCUGGUCCAAUUAUCUAUGGUCCUUUGAGUGAAUUGUUUGGUAGAAAAUUUAUUAUGGUUCCUUCUUGUUUAGGUUAUGUUUGUUUCUCAUUUGCGGUUGCUACUGCCAAAGAUCUUCAAACUAUUAUGAUUUGUCGUUUCUUUUGUGGGUUUAUUGGUGCUGCCCCAUUAGUUGUUGCGCCUGCUGUUAUGGCUGAUAUGUUUAAUAAUCGAACCAGAGGUACUGCUAUCACCAUCUUUGCCAUGUUGUUAUUUGGUGGACCUAUGCUUGCUCCUAUCUUUGGUGGCUUCACUGUUAAGAACUCUGCUUUAGGUUGGAGAUGGACUGCUUAUUUCUGUGGUAUCAUUGGUUCAUUGGCUUUAGCAAUGAAUACAUUCUUGUUGGAAGAAACACACCAUCCUUUGGUUUUGGUUCGUCGUGCUGAAGAAUUAAGAAGAAGAACAGGUAACUGGGGUAUCUAUGCUCCUCAUGAAGAAGUUAAGUUGAGUUUGAAGGAAAUUGUUGAAAAUAAUGUUUCUAGACCUAUUAAAAUGUUGUUCACUGAACCAAUUUUGUUAUUGAUCAGUAUUUACAACAGUUUUAUUUAUGGUAUGUUGUACCUUUUCCUUACUGCUAUCCCAUUGGUGUUUAUUGGUCGUUACCAUUUUGCUGCUGGUGUUGGUGAAUUACCAUAUAUUUCCAUGUUGAUUGGUGUUUUCCUUGGUGGAUUGACCAUUAUUCUUUUUGAAAGAAGAUACAUCAGUGCUAUGGAGAAGAAUGGAGGCAAAAUGAUUCCAGAAAUGAGACUUGAACCAAUGAUUGUAGGUGCAUUUACUUUUGUUAUUGGUAUUUUCUGGUUAGGUUGGACUGGUGAUUAUCCAGAACAUGUUCAUUGGAUUGUACCAGUUAUUGGUGCUGCAUUUGUUGGACAUGGAUUAAUGGCAAUUUUCCUUCCAAGUUUUAAUUAUAUUAUUGAUUGUUAUUUAUUAUAUGCUGCUACUGCAUUGGCUGGUAAUACUUUUAUUAGAUCUUCAUUUGGUGCUGCUUUCCCAUUAUUUGCUCGUCAAAUGUUCACUAACUUGACCAUUAAAUGGGCUGCCACUUUAUUGGGCUGUUUUGGUAUUCUUAUGAUCCCAGUUCCAUUUGUUUUCUACAUUUAUGGUAAGAGACUUCGUCAUAAAUCCAAAUACGCCUUUGUCUUGGAAUAA